AUGCUGUUUCGCAUACAACACCACGCGCGGGUGACUUUCUCACGGAUCUCACGAACACUCCCGCCAACAAACACUUUCCGCAUCGCGUGCGCAACACCCAGCACAGCAGCAGCACGGCCCUUCACUUUCACGAGCACGAUGGGUAAAGACAAGAAAGCAGCAGCCAACCCCGGCGAUGCUCGCCCCCUCGAGCUGAACCCACCACCCGACUUCUUCGCUACCAGAAACGCACUGUUCGACAAGCGACGCGCCGAGUACGACGAAUGGGUAGCCAAGCAGCCACGAGAGGACAUUGAGAUCACCCUCCCCAAUGGCAACAAGGUACCUGGCAAGAGUUGGGAGACUACUCCAGCGCAGAUUGCACGUGAGAUGAGCAAGAGCUUGUACGAGCGCACAGUCAUCGCGAGGGUGGACGGGGAUCUGUGGGACUUGCCGCGACCAUUGGAGAAGAGCUGCAACCUGGAGCUGCUCGACUUCGAACACCCCGAAGGAAAGAAGGUCUUCUGGCAUAGCAGUGCACACAUCCUUGGCGAGGCAUCAGAGCGGAGAUUCGGCUGUUCGCUAUGUAUCGGUCCACCUGUCGACGAUGGCUUCUACUACGAGAUGGCAUUGCCACAGAUGGCUGCUGUUUCCGAGGCGGACCACAAGCCAUUGAAGCAGAUUGUUGAGAAGAUCACCAAAGAGAAGCAAAAGUUCGAGCGACUCACUUUGACCAAGGAGGAGCUGCUGGAGAUGUUCUCGUACAACAAGUACAAGCAGCACAUCAUCAACGACAAGAUUCCAGACGGCACCUCCACUACUGUCUACCGUAAUGGACCUCUCAUCGAUCUCUGCAGAGGACCUCACGUCGAGCACACUGGCCGGAUCAAGGCAUUCGAGAUCAUGAAGAACUCUGCCAGCUACUUCUUGGGCGACGCGAAGAACGACAGCUUGCAGCGAAUAUACGGUGUUUCCUUCCCCGACAAGAAGCAGCUCGAGGAGCACAAGCACAUGCUCGAGGAGGCAGCGAAGCGUGAUCACCGCAAGAUUGGCCAGGAGCAGGAGCUGUUCUUCUUCGAUCAGAUGUCACCUGGAUCCGCAUUCUGGCUGCCACGCGGUAUGGUCAUCUUCAACGCUCUCCAAUCAUAUAUUCGCGAGGAGUACUGGAAGCGCGAGUACCAAGAGGUGCAGUCACCAAACAUGUACGACUCCGCGUUGUGGAAGCAAUCCGGUCACUGGCAACAUUACAAGGAUGACAUGUUCACGUUCAGCGUCGAGAAGCACGAGUGGGCCCUCAAGCCCAUGAACUGCCCAGGUCACGCCCUCAUCUUCGGUCACGGCGAGCGAAGUUACAGGGAGUUGCCCAUCCGUAUGGCCGAGUUUGGUGUUCUUCACCGUAACGAGGCUUCCGGUGCAUUGACUGGUCUUACCAGAGUGCGCCGUUUCGUGCAGGACGACACCCACAUCUUCUGUACUGAAGCACAGAUUGGUCAAGAGAUUGAGGGCCUGUUCGACCUCAUGACUGCCGUCUAUGGCCUUUUCGGCUUCACCUUCAAGAUGAAGCUGUCCACCCGACCAGAGGGACAUCUUGGUGAUGUCGCCACUUGGGACCGCGCAGAAGCACAACUCACCAAAGCGCUUGACGAGUUCAAGGCGAAGAGCGGUACCCAGUGGGAGCUGAACCCAGGUGAUGGUGCUUUCUACGGACCAAAGAUUGACAUUACCAUCAGCGACGCCCUGCGACGAGAAUUCCAGUGUGCCACUAUCCAGCUUGACUUCCAACUUCCACAACAGUUCAACCUCGAGUACCGGUCAGAAGAGAAGGCCGUGGCGUCCACCAAGGCUGAGGCGCAAGUCAACGGCGAUGCAAAGGCCGCAGCUGAGGCACCCAAAGCCGCGGAUGGCGAAAAGACUGAAGAGAAGCUCGUCAUCCGAUCGGCACCAGACGCCCGACCAGACCCAUCAGCAGCACCAAAGAGCGAGGCCUCCUACCGCCGUGAGCUCACUCCUGGUUGCCAGCGCCCAGUCAUGAUUCACCGUGCCAUCUACGGUUCAUUCGAGCGUUUCAUCGCUAUCCUGAUCGAGCACUUUGGCGGCAAGUGGCCGUUCUGGCUGUCACCUCGCCAGAUCCUCAUCGUCCCUGUCAUGCCUUCUGCCAACGACUACGUGCUAGAGCUGCAGAAGCUCUUCCGUGCGCAGAAGAUGCAUGUUGACAUUGACAUUACUGGAAAUACCAUGCAGAAGAAAAUCCGUACUGGUCAGCUGCAGCAGUACAACUUCAUCUUUGUUGUUGGCGCUCAGGAGAAGGAGAAUAGGGCGGUCAACAUUCGUAACAGAGAUGACCCCGAGACCCAAAAGCUGGGCGAGUUGAUCCCAGUGGACAAGGCUAUCCAGCUGCUUUGCAAGCUGCGCGACGAGCGACUCCGUGAUAGUUCGUUGUCGAAGCUUGCAGAGUAA